UGAAGUUGAGCGAGGUUAAAGUGGUGGAAUGUUGCGUGGAGCGGUAAGGCAAACGUUUGGAAGACAUUAAGACUUUGUUAGGAAUGUUACGCAUGAGGUGACGUUUUUGGUAUAUAUUUAUUGAGGAAUCGGUUUAGAAACUGCUGUCGAUAAUCAACUUGCCCACCUUAUUCCCACGCAUGGUCGUGCGCGGCAACAGAACGGACUGAACAAUGUGUGGGAGACUAGGCUACUUGAUAGAAUAGGCUAAGCGUGUGUUAAGGAGUGAAAAUGAAGAUUGAAUUUGCACCGCUGAAUAUUCCGUUACGGAGACGUCUUCAGACUGCCGCAGUAGUUCAGUGGGUCUUCUCUUUUCUUGCACUGGCUCAGUGCUGUUUGGCUGCAUAUGUGCUGUUGUGCCUUAGUGAUUGGUGGAUCUUAGCAGCACUUUAUGCCGGUUGGUUGUACUUGGACAGAGACACACCUGCCACUGGGGGUCGGCGGUCACACUGGGUACGCAGUUGGACGAUAUGGCGUUACUUCAGGGACUAUUUCCCCAUUUCGUUGAUCAAGACUGUAGAUCUGGAUCCCAGCCAUAACUACCUCUUUGGGUUCCAUCCUCAUGGUGUCCUGGUCGCUGGAGGGUUUGGCAAUUUCUGCACAGAAGCUUCCGGGUUCUCUUCCCUGUUUCCUGGCCUGACUCCAUACUUGCUCAUGCUACCAUUUUGGUUUCGAGUGCCUUUCUUCAGAGACUACAUCAUGUGUGGAGGGUUGGUGUCCAGUGAGAAAGCGAGUGCCAGUUACAUCAUGAGUCGGCCAGGUGGUGGUCACAUUGCUGUGAUAGCGGUGGGUGGGGCCCCUGAGUCACUAGAAGCGCGACCGGGACAGCUGACUCUGCAGAUGCUUCAGCGCAAGGGCUUCAUCAAACUAGCCCUUAAACAUGGAGCGUGGCUAGUUCCGGUAUUCUCAUUUGGGGAGAAUGAGCUAUUUGACCAGAUGGAGAACCCUGUUGGUUCUACCUUACGACGCGUUCAGGACCGUCUGCAGAGAAUAAUGGGUGUGGCCUUGCCCCUGUUCCACGCUAGAGGAGUUUUUCAGUACAGCUUUGGCCUCCUGCCUUAUAGAAAACCUAUACACACCGUUGUUGGCAGGCCCAUUCCUGUAGUCCAAACUCCCUCCCCCAGUAAAGAGGACAUUGACUCUCUACACUCACUUUACAUGAAGGGGCUUACUGAGCUUUUUGAAGAGAACAAGGCAAAAUAUGGCGUAGCAGAGGACAAACACCUCAAGUUUAUCUGAGGGCUUUUGAUCUGACACCCUGCAGUCAACCCGCCAUUUCUUUUUAUUUCUGUCAAAAAGCAAGCACCAUACCCACGUCCACACCUUCUCUCAGUGUGUCUUACCCUCUACACUACAUAUUCUUCUCUCCGUUUGUUUCUGUAUUAUCCUCUCUCUCUCUCUCCUUCUGCCAGGCCCUCUCAGAUGUGAUGCAGUGCUGGAUAUGUGUGUGUGUGUGUGUGUGUGUGUGUGUGUGUGUGUCUGUGUGCGUGAGAAAGGAAUGUUGUAAAUAUGCUCAAAAUUGAUAUGUAAUUUCCACAUUUUAUUCAUGACCAUGAUACUUGACUGGAUGAUGAGUCACAAAAAAGUAAACAUAAGGGAAAAAAGUUUAUAUUGGCUCUGAAUUGUUUGAUAUAAACUACUCUGAAAGAAACUGGACUUCUGUGAGAACGCACAGAAAAACUGUGGCAGUCAUGUUUCUGUCUUAGGUAAAAAAAUAAUAAUAAUAAUUUCCCAACAGUAAUCAUUACUCAUGGAACUGAGCCCUGUUUCAGAAGGCAGGUUUAGUGAAAACCCAGAGUAAGUAGUAAACCUACUAGUAAACCUCCCUGAAACAGUGCCCUGGAAUGCAGUUUCAUGAGUGUGUGAGUCUAUAUAUGCAUAUCAUAUGCAGGUGAGAGCUUGUGUAUAUUUCUGGUGUAUUAUGCAGAGUGAUACUUCUGCUUUUCCAGAAAUUCACGAACUGUUGGUUCAGAGGUCGUGGUACUUCAGUCUGUAAGAUUGCGUCAUUGUUGAAUACAUGCAAUGUCUAUACCCCUGAUUAGGUUGUUGAUGUUUACAUGACCAAAAAUUAUAGGUUGUCUAUCCAGACCAUUUCUGAAAAAGUCGAAAUUUUGUUGUUACAUCAAAAAUUGUAUGGUCCCACGGGUCCCAUUUUAGUACUGGGUUACAACAUCCAGAGAGUAAAAUAAAACAUGAGAAUGACAUUGUAAA